UUUCCCUUUGCACCAGAGGAGGUGGCGCUCUGAGCAUCCUUGCAAAGAGCUUAGUUUUUGCGCCUGCAUAUCUCUCUCUCUCUCUCCUUCUUCCUUCUCCCUGGGCAUCCUUGUUUUGGGGGGAGACCUCCGAAGACCCAGCCCCCUAUUUGCUCCCUCCACCUUGCCAGGAUCUGACCCCCCCACUUUGAAGCCACCAUGGCCGUCGAGAAGGAGAAGAAGACCUGCGGGCAACUGAUGACGGAGUGGAAGGAAUUUAUCUGGAACCCGCGCACGCAUCAGUUUAUGGGGCGCACCGGGAGCAGCUGGGCUCUGAUCCUACUGUUCUAUCUCGUCUUCUACGGCUUCCUCACGGCCCUCUUCACCCUCACGAUGUGGGUUAUGCUGCAGACCGUGGACCAGUUCAACCCCAAAUACCAGGACCGCCUCUCCAUCCCAGGCGUGAUGAUUCGCCCCAAGACGGACGCGCUGGAGAUCACUUACAACAUGAGCCAGACUGAAUCCUGGGAGGAAUACGUGAGAAUGCUAAAUAAGUUUUUGGAGGCUUAUGACAACGCCAAGCAGGUGGCCAGCAACCGGGACUGCAUCCCGGGGCAGUACAACGAACAGGUGGACAACGGGGUGUUGAAUUACCCGAAGACGGCGUGCCAGUUCAACCGCACCAUGCUGGGUGACUGCUCGGGCCUCAACGAUACCACUUACGGGUACCGGGAUGGGCGCCCCUGUAUCAUCGUCAAGAUGAACCGGGUCAUCAAGUUCUACGCGGGAGACGGCAAGCCCAUCAACGUCUCUUGCCUGGCAAAGAAAGAGGAGGAUGCCCAGAAACUGGGGGAGGUAGUAAUGUUCCCUCCCAAUGGAAACAUUGACCUAAUGUACUUUCCUUAUUACGGCAAAAAAAUCCAUGUGAACUACACGCAGCCCGUCGUGGCCGUCAAAUUCCUCAACCUCACGUUCAACUACGACCACCACAUCGAGUGCAGGGUCAACGCCGCCAACGUCAACACGAACGACGAGCGGGACAAGUUUGCCGGCCGCGUGGCUUUCAAGAUCCGGGUCAACAAAGAAUGAUAGUCCCCCCCAAAUAAAUCCUCGGUCCGUCCUCCCCUCCGCCCCAUCCCCUUGCACCCCAGCACCCUAAAAUAAGAAAAGAAAGCUAACUUUUUUCUUCCAUGCUCAGAAGAGGGUGGCGCAUUGAUGUUGAAGGAAGAACAAGGUGUUUGUGGGGUGCAGGGGGGCGCCCCACUUCUGCACAUCCUUAACCGUUGCUAGACAAUCCCUGAACCCCAAAAUCGAAAGCUUUGCUUCUUCCACCUGCACCCCUUCAUCUGGCCCGCAUUCGCCCCCUUUACCUCUCUCGAAAUAUUUGGGAAUGCUGCUUUGGCUCGUUCUAACGACAUUUUUUCUCCCCCUUCUCGCCCCACAUAUGUGGGGAGCUCAGAGGCUGUGAUCCCCCCCCAAGCCCAGGUCCCACGAAUCUCCCCCCCCCUUCCCCAUCCCGGAGAUAUUUCCUAAUAUAAUAAUAAAUGUAUAUAGAUAUUUUUUAUAUAUAUUAAAAAUUAAGGUACUGCUGAGUCCUCCGUAUUUUCAUCCUUUUCCAGAGCUCUUUUCCUUCCCUCUCCUCUCACCCCUCGCCAUCUUUUCUACCAGUUUCGCUCCUGCCACGAAACCCUUGUUAUGAAAAUGGCUAUGGGGGGCUCCUUGGCCCUA